AUGAAUAACUUCACAGAAACAAACAAUUACGACUUAGCAUCUCAAGAACCACCAGACAUAGGAGCUAUGCAAAUUGAAGAUAAAAACCUAACUACUCCACCACCAUCCUUUCUGCAAACUUUAAUUUCAAAGAAGCAUCCCCCAACAAUUCCUUCUAUACAGCAGAGCAUGGAACUACAACUAGACUUGUCUGAUGAAAGUCUCCAUUGUAGUCAAGACGACGACAUAUUUAUACCAAUUACUACUGAGGAUAAAUGUCGUUUAUACACUCCUUGGAAAUACUCCAUCAUAGUCAAAGUAUUUGGUAGGAAAAUAGUGCACCAAAUACUACAAAAUAAAUUACUUGCCUUAUGGAACCCAUCUGAAGAUAUUCAUCUUAUUGAUCUAGGCUCUGAUUUCUUCCUCAUAAAGUUCCAAAAGGAAGAAAACAUGCUUAAGGCAUUACAUGGAGGGUCAUGGUUCGUCUUGAAUCACUUCCUAUCCAUUAGGCAAUGGGAGCCAAAGUUCAUAGCUUCGGCCACUCAACUCACAUACUCAGCAAUAUGGGUUCGCUUACCAGAGCUUCUUACUGAGUUUUAUGAUGAGCAAAUCUUAUAUAAGGUGGGUUCAAAGUUGGGACAGCUGCUAAAAGAGGAUGCUUGCACAUCUUCUACAACUAGGGACAAGUAUGCAAGGAUAUGCAUAGAGGUCCCGUUGGAAAAACCACUAAAGUCGCAUAUUCUUAUAGGGCACCAUAAACAGAUCUUAUUAUACGAAGGCCUAAACAUAUUGUGCACAAGCUGUGGUCGCUUUGGACAUACGACUAUAAGCUGCCUUUUUACAGCACAAAAAACAUAG